CGCGGACCUGCGGGGGCACAGCCCGGUGAGCGCCCGGCCGCACGGGCGGCGCCCCGCCGGGCCGCUCCCGCCACUCACCACCCGGUCGCGGCCCCGGUGGGACUCCAGAGCGGCGACCAGGCCGCCGAGCGCUCCCGCCGCCAUGGCAACACGUUCCGGGGCGCGGCGCGGUGCACGCCGGGAAGGCGGCGGAACCGUCGCCAUAGCGACGCGGCCCAGCGGCUGCCGCGCUCCAGCCCGCCCGGCGAUGGCGGCGCAGGCCGUGGCCGCGGUCCCCGCGAUCCCCGCGCCCCUCACGGGCGUUCCCUUCAUGAAGGCGUCUCACUUCCAGCUGGGGGAUGAGCGCCAGGCGCCGGCCGCUGCCCGCCGGUCGUUUUCUCACAGCCAGUUCCCCCCUCACUGGGGGGUCUUCAGGCCGCCCCCGGCCCCCUUGCCGUGCAGCGGGCAAGUGCUGGGCCCGCCCGGGGGUGACGGCGGGGAAACCCGCUCGGAAACCCGCCUGGCGUUCCCAGAGAAGCCCCUGCAGCCGGUGGCACCGUUUGUCCCCCCGGAGUCGUGUGUCCGCAUGCACGCGGACCCCCGCAUCCGCGUCCUCAGCUCAGAGACCAGGGACAGCUUCCCCUGUCCCCAGCCGCACCUGCCGCCGCCCCUGCCCGCCGCCCAGCUGCAGGACAGCAUCCCUUGUGGGGACAGGGAGAAAAUCAGGCUCCCCGCCUCCAUCUACAGCACCUCGUACCCCGCGCACGCGGUGCAGCCGGCCGGACCGCGGCCAUCGCGCUGGGGGUGUGUUCCCACUAUCAGAGGGGAUGGACAGUCCUACUACAACACUUCUUACCAAGCACAGUUUAAAGGUGAAUGGAGUCCACCUGCCAAGCCAAGUGGAAAGCACAUUUCUUCAAUUAAAUUUGGGGAUCCCACAAGCAGUGGAUUUACGAGCGAGCAGAAAUACGCCUACAGUGCCCCGGACAAGAAGGGACACAGGGUCUAUGACAAGGAACGUGCUGUCUCCCAGAUCCACCAGACGAGCGUGCGCCUGGGGGACGGCUGCAGCAGGUUCUCCACCUCCACAUCAGAGCUCUUCCCGGCCCACGAGCCAGAGCCUGUGACUACUGUCCGUCCGAACAAAAACGCCUCCUCCAUCCCCAGAGGCGAUGAAGACCCCGAGCGAAAUCGAGCAUUGACAGCAACUACUACUACACGGCUCUCCUACCCAGAGACUGACAGGUGGAGCUUCUCCCCAAAGCCCGACUUGCUGCUGCAGAAGCACCGAAGCAGCGUCUGCUUGGGAGACGAGCGUUCGGGCUCCCGUUUCUUCAACACAACACACCAGGCAGACUACCAGCCGCCCCGCCAGGGCCAGAGGGUGAUGGCAGAUGGCAAGAGCCACCGCGAGAGCCACAUCCCCUUCGACUACCACACAGAUGGGAGUUGUGUCACAACCACGCAGGCCAUGCUGGUCCCACACAGACAGCAGAAACAACGGCUCUCUGAAGACACGCUACAGCAGAUGAAAUCCUCGCCCCUGGCGCUACCCUGGAAGGCGCCGGGUCUCUUCAGGACCGAGCAGCGAGAUGCGUUCACACCCAAGUCCGGAGGCCCGGCAGAAACCCCAAAUGCAAACUGCCAAGUGAGCUCCGUCCCCCUGGGGACCCUGAAGAAAUACCGUCCCACGAGGAGGGUGCACUUCGCGCCGUGACGUUCUCCCCCCUUCAGCGAGCGCCCAGAACUCGCUGCGCUGCGGCUGCCUCCACAUCGCGUUACCCGUUAGCGGUCCCGCUGUCCUGCUCUGGCCCGGCUGGGUGUGAUUACGGGGAACUUUUAUUUCUCAGAUUGAAAGAGGACAGAAGAAGGUGUUGUGACAACAAGAAUAAACACUGGAAGAUUAACCAAAA